UGACGUUCGAUUCCACUAUUUACAUUUGCAUGUAAGCGCAACGGGACACCGCAAAACCGAUCGCGCAACUGUGCGCUAAUCGUGUGUGUGCGUGUGUGUGUGGGUAAUCGUAACCCUGGCAAAUCAAAUUCCCCCACCCCCAGCGACAGCAUGUCUCAAAAGAGUCAGAAGCGCACCAACCGGGGCGAGAACGAUGGGCCGCCACCGAUCAAAAAGCGUAAAGGGCGGCCCCCGGUUCCGUCGUCCGGUAUGGAGGACGAUAAGGAUUCACCCGCAUCGAACGGUGGUGGUCCCGCCAGCUCGAGUGCUGGCCCGAACGGAGGAGGAGGAGGAGGAAGUGGAGGAGGCGGCGGGGGUCCAACGACACCGACGAAAAACUGGCAGCCGCGUUCCGUAAUUGAUUGCAAAAUGUCCAGCAUCUACAACCGCACCGCGCCCGAGGCACCAGCAGAACUGUUCAGGAAGGACCUUAUCAGUGCCAUGAAGCUGCCCGACUCGGAACCGCUAGCGGCGGACGAGUACUGGGUGAUUGCCGACCAGUGGAAGCAGGAAUGGGAACGGGGUGUGCAGGUGCCCGUCAAUCCCGACUCGCUGCCCGAACCGUCCGUGGCGACGCUGCAAGAAAGUUUCUUCAAGAAGCGGCAUGAUUUCAAAUUACCGAAAAACAAGUACAUCCGGAUAACGAAGGAUGAAAACUUUACCCAUGACCAGCACUAUCUCUCCAAUACGCCCGCGAUCGCCGAGAACGUGUGCUACUACGAUCUGGAUCAGUUCGAUGCGGCCUGGUUAAAGGUGUUGAACGGGGAACGCAAUCUGGCCGGUUUGGUGCCGGUGACGGACGAGCAGUUCGAACGUGUUGUGGAAGAACUUGAGGGACGGUGUUUGGAUAAGAUCCAAGCAAUCAUGAAAACGGAGGAAGGGCUCGGAAUUGAGUACGAUGAGAAUGUCAUCUGCGAUGUGUGCCGAUCGCCGGACUCGGAGGAAGCGAAUGAAAUGGUGUUCUGUGAUAACUGCAAUAUUUGCGUACACCAAGCGUGUUAUGGAAUAACGAAUAUACCGUCUGGUCAAUGGUUAUGUAGAACGUGCUCGAUGGGCCAGAAGCCGAAGUGUGUCCUCUGUCCAAACAUGGGCGGUGCGAUGAAGUCGACCCGAUCCGGGCAAAAGUGGGCGCACGUAUCGUGUGCCCUCUGGAUACCGGAGGUAAGCAUCGGUUCGGUUGAUCGUAUGGAACCGAUCACCAAGAUCUCCAACAUCCCGUCCAGCCGGUGGGCGCUGGUGUGCGCACUCUGCAGGGAACGUGUCGGUGCCUGCAUACAGUGUUCGGUGAAAACCUGCAAAACGGCGUACCACGUAACGUGUGCAUUUCACCACGGGCUUGAGAUGCGCGCCAUCAUUGAGGACGAGAAUGCGGAGGAUGGUGUAAAGCUGCGAUCGUACUGUCAAAAGCAUGGCGAAAACAAGGGCAAGCGUGAUAAUAGCAGAAACAACACCAAGAACAACAAUACGGCCGGUGUGGCAGGAGCAUCGACGGCAGCAUCGGGCGCUAGUGAGGACGAGGCGGCGGGUGGUGGCAACGCAGGAGGAGGAUCGGUUGGUCCGGGAACAAAUGCGACGACCGGGAGCGGCGGUGCCACAGGUAGCGGAGAUAUGAAGCGACGAAAGCGAAAAGAUAUGACGUCGGAGGAAAGGAAUCUGGCACGGGCGGCCCGGCAGCAGGAGAUCGAAGCUGAGUUCGAUAAGCACGUCAGCGUGAAGGAUAUUAGCUGCCAUCUGCUCGAUGUAGACCAGGAAGGUAUCUACCAUAUCUACAACUACUGGAUAUUGAAGCGAAAGGCGGGCCAUAAUCGGCCAUUGCUACCGCCGAAAACGGAUGAGGUAGAUCCGAACGCACAAAACCAGGAGCAAGCCGAGAUUGAGAAGAUGAAAACGUUCGUGCACUUGCGGCAAGAUUUGGAGCGGGUGCGCAAUCUCUGCUACAUGGUGAGCAGGCGGGAAAAGUUAAGCCGUUCGUUCUUUCGGAUGCGUGAACAAACGUUCAACAAACAGGUGGCCGUUCUCACGGCGCUCCGGAACGGUUGUGGUGGUAGUGGUGUUGGUGAGAUUACAAAUCAUCAGCGAAACGGCGUCGGUGGUGCGUCGUCAUCGUCUAUGGACCAGGUCGAUCCGGCGAUGCUUGAAGCGAUACUGCACGCUAACCAUGGCCCUACGAUAUAUGAUAGACUUUACUCGUGUAAUUCCGUUAGUAGUACAAUGCCGACGCUGGACGAAAUGGUGGAGCGCAUCACAUUCGGUGUAAAUAGUAGCAAUAGCGGUAAUAGCGGCAGCAACAGCAAUGAUGCUGUGAGUGCCACCAGUAGUGGGAAGAAAACAACCGCCGUGGCGUCAACGUCAAAGAUCGCAGGUGCUAGUGCAAAGGCCGUUGGUCAUAAUGGCAGUGCGGCAGAUGGAAGAGGGGGCAGCAGUAGUAGUAGUAGUGGCAGCUAUAGCAGUGGUAGUAGCAGCAGCAGUAGCAGUGGUAGCAGCAGUAGCGGCAGUAGCAGCAGCAGCAGCAGCAGCAGUAGUAGUAGCAACAGUAAGGCUGUCGCCAGCAAGCAGACAGCGAAGGUGGUGAGCAAAAAGGAACAGCUGAGCCAGGACCAUCAUCCGGUGCCUGGUAAGAAGCUGCCAGGCGAUGUGAACGGCGUUCGGCAACAGCAGCAGCAGCAAAUAGUGGCCGCAGGUGGUAAUCAGCGAACCAAAAACCAGCUCUCAGCCAAGCGACAACAACAACAACUUCCGUACAUUAAUGGGACGGCGGGACGUCGAAGUACGAGCAACAGUUCGGCCUCAGACAUGGAACACGACGAUGAAGAAACCGUGGACAAAACAAACACCAAGAAGAAACCCCGCCAAACGAAAGUCGUGGAAAGAAAGCGGCGGAAAGCGACAUCCGGGGCUGCCGGAGGAACGAUUACUUCUUCGGCUGAAAAAUCAAGCAUCCGAAGUAUCGAUGACAGCUCAAGUGACGAAGAUAUGCCCGAAUCACGGUUACGACCAACCGGUGCAGGCGAACGGACAACAGGUUCCGCCAAAACUGCCCGGCACAGUAAUGCUGUUGGUGUUAAAGAAAAGCUAUCCUCAGCCAGUAGUUUACCCAAGAAGGAUAUCCGAAAUCAAUCGCUUCGACAGAUGGAGCGUGAACUGGCGGAUGAUCGGCGGGCGAAGCAUUUAACCGACGAUGAUGACGAUUCGAACGAUAGCGAUGAGCUUAUGCACAUACGGCUCGGAAGCGGUGGAACCGCCGGUCGAACUGGUGCGACGACCAUCGCUGCAAGCAGCAAUGCGGCCGGUGGUAACAAUCCGACGAAUGCACGGGGCAAGAAGAUACCGGACAUUUACUCCGACAGUGAUAGUACGGAUCGGGAUAAGACAGAUCACACGGCUAGCGAUUCGCAGCAGCAUCCAUCGUUCCGGACGAAAGCCGCUAUGAAGGAGUUUAACCUGCAGCAGGAAGCGGACCGAUUAAAACAGAAAUCUCCUACGAAAGCGGGACGAGCGGUCGGCGCUAUUACAACAGCGAGCUCCUCUGCAGCGACCGGUGUAGCGGCUAUGACGCUACCGGUGGCUACACCAACGUCUGCCCUUCCCGGCGCUAAGGUUUCGUCCACGAAGUCGUCUAACGCACAAACUAUUCAGUCCGGUGUACCUCAAACUUCGGGAUCGAAACGAACGACGAGCGGCGCGGAUCUUUCGCAGGUCGCACCUUCUAGCAAGGCUACAGCACCGGGAACAAACAGAACGGGCAGCAGUAGUACCAAAGAUGGCCAUACCACUAGCACGAAGAAGAAGCAAGCUCAACAGGCGAUCGAUAAGCACGGCGACGUCACCAAUACGAGUACGACGAAUAAUGCUGGCAGCGCUGCUGCGGGAGCACCCUCCUCGAAAAAGAUGGAAUUUUUAGCCGACUUUAUGGUUGUACCGCAGCGUGAAGCGGCUAAAAAGGCAGCGGAGAAUUUGAUGAAAACGAGUGCUGCUGCUGUUGUCAGUCAAAUGUCCUCUGGCUUAUCUACGUCGAUUGCAGCAAACGUGGGCAGUACGAACACAUCCACCACCAUCUCAACAUCAUCCGCUAGCGGAACGCUAAUAAGUGCUGGAACUGCAAACAGAAAGCAGCUGGAUCGGGAAGUUAGUAGUAGUAGUAAUAGUAGUAGCAGCAGCAGUAGCAGUAGUGAUGGAAACAGUAUUGGCAGUGUUACGGCAGGCGGCAACACAAGCACGAGCGGUGUUAGUACGGGCAGUGGUGGUGGUAGCAACAGUACCACGAAACCGGACAUUGACAGUAGCCUUGCAGAACCGGUAAACAGCGGAAACAAUCAGCAAAAAUCUUCCAUCGUAAGCAAUACUAGUAGUAGUAGUAGUAGUAACGUCGUUGUUGGUAGCAAUCGUAACCGUAAGGAGACGGAGUCUAAGCUUCCUGCCGCAACACCAACAAUUGUUCAGAGCGCCAGUGGAAAAAUGACGAAACGUUCCACCGGUUCAAAUGCCACGACGACCACCAAAGGCAAAAAGCAGAACGAUUCGUUCGAAAGUCUACCGUCGAAGGUGGAAGCAAAAUGUUCCUCCAGUUCUGCUGCUGCUGCGCGUAACAAAUCCAAAGAACGGCAUACGUCGGAGAAGCCGCCGGUUAGUGGAACCGCAGGUUCGAAUGUACGGACCAGCAAAGAGCAGAAAGAUCGGGCGAAAGAUCGUCUUCACGAUGACACUUCACCGGUACCCGAUGCCGUGGAGAAGGGUACGAAACUGCCCAAGGAUACGAAACAGAAGCGUGAAACACAGCCCGAAAUCUUUGCGUACGUUCCACAGCGUCAGGCUGCAAAGAAGGCCGCUGAACACAUCAAAAGCGGUCUUGGUAAGCCGUCCGGCGGGGCAGACCAAACGCCGGCUGCUGCCGUUACCGAUGAGAAGGUUUCGGUGCAGGCUGCAACCACAGUGCCACCGACGUCUAAAGCUGGUCCUAAGCAGGCAAACAAAGGAAGAGAGGAUCGCAAGUCGAACGCUACCGGUGGUGGAUCAAGUUCGUCCGGUUCAUCUAGCUCAUCUGGUGGGAGUAGUUCAUCGUCCUGUUCCAGUUCAAGCAGUUCCGGUUCGGAAAGUGAGGAAGAGGAAGAUGAGGAGGAGGAGGAGGAAGCUGGAGCAACGAGUCCAUCGUUGGGUAAGAAAGCGGCGACAGUCGCGAAUCGUCCCAAGGGCGUUCCUUCUACUAUCAAAGGGAAACAACAGCGUAGCGCUACGACGGCGGCGGCCCGGCAGGAUGUGUUGCCCUUUCUUGACAAGGGUACAGCACGGUCCGUGUCCGAGUCGUCGAGUUCGUCCUCAUCGUCCUCGUCGUCCGGUUCGUCGUCCGAUAGUGAUAGUGACUCCAGUAGCAGCAAUCAGAGCAGCGCGGAUGAAGCGAACGAUGAGCCACCGGUUGUCCCUGCUGGACGCAAUCGACGAAAGUCUGUGUCGGUUGCCGUCAAGCAACAGGAUACCGUCAAUCCCAAGAAACCAACAUCGGUUGCGCAAAGUGCCAACGUUGGUCGAAAGGGUACGACGGGAGUACGAAAGCCCUCGACUACUACCACCGCUACCUCUAGUAACUCCGACGAAGUUGACGACACGAAGGAGCAACAUUCCACGCCAAGCAGCAAACCAGCAUCUGGAACAAGUGUCGCUAAAGGCAAGGAUACUACUACGGUACGUGGUGGCAAAGAUGGCAAGCAGCAGCAACCUAAAAGCAAUGCUGAUGAUGAGUCUUCCUGCUUGGGGGCUAGUAAUGUUCCUGCUGCUGGUGGCGAGAAGCCGAUUGGUAACCGACGUAACUCUUACCAACCGCCUGCACUUGUUGCUGUGGCCAACGAACCUGCCCCGCUCAAGCGUAGCGGACGUCGGCAAUCGGUGUUUGUUGGUGCUAGUGAUAUAGAGGAGAAACAGCGGAAGACGUCGACUGGGACAGUUGAUAUUCCAAGCAGUCGUAAUGUGGGUCGACGAAAGGCCAGCGAGAUGAUGGUAGAGGCUGAGAAGCAUGAAACGAAAAAGCCGGAAGCAAGUGAGGGUGCUGUAGGAAAUGAGACACCCGCUUCGGAAGAUACGAUCACAGCGAAGCGUCCCAUUUCCUCCGGCUCACCAGUGUCGCGCAAACGUCGUAGUCCAAAGAUGGUGGCGUCUGAAGCGGCGGAUCCUUCUGUCAGUGAAUUUGAAGCGAAGGAUCUGAAAAAGGUAAAAGAAACUGACAUCAAACCAACACCACCAACAGUUGACAGUAAGUGUCUCGAUGCUUCUGGAAGUGAUGCAAUAUCGCUGCUUACCGAUGAAGAUUCCGCCGAUCAACGGAAAGCGAAGGAAAAGCUUUCAUCAGCAACGACAUCUUCAUCUCCUGCGAACAUUGCUAACGAUGUGGUGACGAAAACAGAAGAACCAUCACAGAUUGAUCCGACGACGAAGAGUGUUGAAAUUAUUUCCUUGGUGGAAGAUUCCCGCUCUAAUGACGAUGUGGUUGUUAUUGAGGACGCUAGCAAUGAGGCAAAGGUUGAACAGAAGCUACCGGAAGAGCUUGAAGCAGCUAAUAGUAGAAGCUCAUUGGAACGGAAAGCGUUGGAAAGCGAAGAGGAUGCAAAGACACAAAAUCUACUCGAUGCGAAACCAUCCGUUGAUAGCGUUAGCAUGCUGAAGGAUUCGUUACCAUCGGUAGUGGAUGUGAAGGAGGAUGAGUCGAGCAAGAAAACUUCUGUUAAUGCUCCUGUUGAGCAAACUUCAUCGCUUACGUCGGGCAUUGUUGAGCAGCCUUCGUUCGAUAGUUCCACUUCGUCGCUACAGCUGAACAACAGUGGUACAGCGUUUGGCGAAGAUACAACAACAUCGAGCAUAUGCGACGCAAGUGGGUUCGGAUCGGUCAAUAACAGCUCUUCCAAGGACGAUGGAACUGGUGCUGGCGCUGGACUGCUUGUCAACAGUGAUACUGGUACGCCUUCGAUAUUCGAUCUGUUGCUGCCACAGGAUAGCUCCGUAACGGACGACACGUUCGAGCUAAAUCAAUCGCUCAACUUCCCGUUCAUGGAAGAUUGCAAAGAAGAUACGCAACGGGAAACGCUUAACUUGGUUGAGAAGCUGCGACAAAAGUACAAAAAGUCUCACGGAACGGCCAACUCCAACGCAACUCCUCUCAUUACUGGUAGCGAUCCGAUAAAGAGUCUAAAUGAUGUCGGAGUACAGGGAGAUAAAAAGGAUAACGAUAUGAUGAUGCUGGACGGUGGAGCCGUAGUCGCAGCACCAACAACGCAGUCGCCAAUGUUAGUGGCGGAUUUCGUUGCGGAACGAGCCAAACAGGACGGAUCGACAGGACAUCCACUGGGAUCGUCAUCAACGUUUGCUGACACACUUCUCAGUGGGAAGGAUAAACUGCAACCGGAGCUGGAGUAUGGCACGUUUAACAAAUUCCACAACGCCACAUCAGAUCGAAGUCCUUUGGGUCAACUGGCAGCACCAAUGCAGCAACAACAACAGUCUGGUGCCAUGCAAAUGGUCGCCGUUCAGCAACCAACACAACAACAACCACAACCAACCAAUCAACUGCAACCUAUUGGUCAGCAAUCGCAAUCCCAGCUUGGCAACAAGAGCGCAAAGGAGGAUCAUUUGGAUCAUCUUGCCUCGAGACCGUCGGACGAGCGCUGGGUACCGCCAUCAUCGGUAGCGCCCGCUAUCUCAACGACGGCUCCGUCCAUGUUGCACCCGCUCGCCCCACUUCCGACGUCCGUUGGUUCUAGUGUGCUCGGUGGUAAUACCGUAUCGACGGCACAGCUCGCACAAAACUGCAUGGAAGCAGCCCGUAUGCUUAACAGCCACCAGACAAACAACAACAACAAUGUCAGCGCACUGGACAGUGAGAAGACGACGCACGGUGCGGCGGGACCGGUAACCGGUGGCGCCGGAUUGUUCGAUGGCGGUGCAAUGACAAACCAUCUACAUUCAACUAUGCAACAACAGCAGCAACUUGGUGGAGGUAGCAACGAUCUAAACCAUCAUCAUCAUCAUCAACAGCAGCAGCAGCAGCACCAUCACAUGCACAAUCCACUACCCGGGUUGGACUUCAUGCAGGGCAUGAAGGUUCCGAACCAGAACGAAGCUACCUCAAUGCUGCUGUUCGAUAAUCUGCAGCAGCAGCAGCAGCAGCGACAGCAGCAUCCAUCACCACAGCCACCAGUCGUUGGUCGUCGUGGUGGUUGGAACCAACCGAGUGAUGGGCUAAGCUCAAUCGAUCAACAACAGAAGAAGCAGCAUGAAUGUGCCGUGAUGCAGGAGAAAGAGAACUUGCUGCUUCAGAAGCAGCAGCAGCAUCGUAAGCUGAACGAUCUGAACAGCUUCAUGGACAUCCAAAAUGCUCCGAGUGGUGGUCAGCCGAUUAACAACAGCAAUACCGGAACUUCAAACAGUGUUAGUGCGAUGCAACAGCAACAACCGUACGGCUUUUCUUCGAACGACUCACAUUCUGCUCAUCAUCAGCAACAACAGCAGCAACAGCAGCAACACUAUCCAGGAGCAGUUUCCUUAUUCCCACCAGCGAGUGUCCCCGUACCAUUUCCCUCUCCUGGAGCUGGUCUAUAUCCACCGAACUUUGGUAACACGGGCUAUCAGCAACCGACGCCACCCCAGACAACUGUUCCGAAUGCGGGAAAAUCGCAUCAACAUCAACAUCACGCUGCGCCUGGCUCCGGCCUUGGAUCCGGUGUGCCUCCGAUGACACAUCAUGGUCUGGGUUUGGGUGGUGAUGCAAUGGUUUCACCUCACCGUGGUGCAGCACAGGCUCAGCCUGGGGGUCCCCAACAACAACAACAACAACAAAAGCAGAUGGAUCAGAUGUCAUCACCGUUGGGAGGAAUGGCCGUUUCGCCCAACAAGCAACAGAGUCGUCAACCGACACCGACCGAACAGCAAAACAACUAUCUGCUUAAUAGCGGUGGAGGAAAUGGUGGAACGAGUAGUGGUGGAAGUACACCGCGUACUCCCCAACAUCGACGCACACCGCAACGACACAACAGUCAUCAGUUGCAGGUUGGUCAUCAACCGCAGCAAACCGAUGUUGUCGGGAUGGAUAUGUUGGUCGGUGUGGGACAUUCUAAUUCCAAGAAAAGUCCUACGAAAUCGUCCCGCUCUUCCUCGCGCAUUCAAAACCAACAGCAACAGCAGCAACAGCAACAACCUCCUCCACCCCAUCUUCAACAACAUCACCCAUCGCAUCACCAUCACCACCAUCAUCAUCACCAUCCGCUGCUGAUGAACGACAGCAAUGGUGGUGGUGCCGGCAGUGCUUUAGCUGGGAUGGUUCAUCCGUUAGGUGGUCAUCAGCUAAAAUCGCCACCCUCGCUAACGACGGCUACGGGUACGAAAUCGCUCUCUCCGGGCAAAAGCCCCAAAACGGCGGCAGCAGCCGUAUCCGCCACGUCGUCAGUGUACGAGCUGCAGAAAGCCAUCGGUGGUGGCGGCGGCAGCCUGGUAUCUCCUUCACUUUCGUCCACCGGAAAGGGUGGCCCGAAGGGUGGUGGUGAGACGACCGUAACGGGUAAACCGGGUCGUGGCCGUGGUCGAGGUCGUGGAAGACCGCCAGGUUCGGGACGACAAGCGCAAGCGGCACGGGAAGCGGCCGCCGCAGCAGCUGCCAAUCUAGCUGGUGGAGGGGUUGGUGGUGCAGCUGGCACUGGUGGUGGUGGCAUUGGUGGACGCGGUGGCGGUGCUGCCAACAGCCGACAGCAACAGUCGCACGGUGCAGGCUAUCACCUUGGUCAGAUGGGUCCGGGUGCCGAUUUCGGAUGCUUCGGAAGUGGCACGAUACACAGCAAAAUUAUCGGCACGGUGUACGAUCUGGACUUCGAUGAGGUGAUUGUGUGUGGUAAGUUGCGCGAUAUGCGUGAUCGGCGACGUUCGAUCGAUGGCCGUUCGGCCGAUGCAUCCGGUGCGAACGUCGGAUGCCGGCCGGGCAGUGCAGGACAGACUGGUAAUGCGACCGGUGGUCCGGAUGCUAAAUCCAGUCGCGGGGUGGCGGGCGGUAAUGGGACGGCCACCGGAGGAGCUGGAACGGGGGCAGGUGGAGCAAGCGCAAACAGUGCUUACGGAUCAACGGGAAGUAGUGUGGCGGCGAGUUCGUUGCCCGAUAUGGCCGUAUUGCCUGGGCCGGUUGAUAUGCGCACGUACAACAGUGGGUUCGAAUCGUCCAGCAAUACGGACGCGUACAACAAUCAGCUGCUCGGGGUGUUUGCUAGCGGGACGGCCGAUCAAACGUUGGCCGACAUUGAUGAGGAUAUGGAGAAUGAGCUGCAGUCAGCGUUGAAGGCCGAUUCGGUUAGUAAUCGGUCGGCUGUUGCGGCUUCCAUUGCACAAACGAGCGUCCAGACGAAUACCACCAGCACUGGUGGGUCCUCGUUACUGGCUGCUGUUACGGCCCCCGCCAAUAGUAACAGUAAUAGCAGUAGUAGCAUUACCUCCGAAUCGACCGCAGCAAGCCACGUGCUAAAGACUGGUUCGAUGGCUACGGGUGCACCGUUUGUACCGUCCGUUACGCCACCUGGUGCGACAGGAAGUGCCCUGUCCGGUACGAUGCUCAAUGAAGAUCCGAUGCUCGAGCAGCCUCAGGAGGAGACGAACGAUUCGGACAGCUUGUUGCCUAUUGCGGCGCCCAAUCAACAGCAGCACAACCACAAGAUGUCUUCACUGGCGGAUUCGCGCAAUAUCAUGAAGCUGAAGAUCAAGGGUCCGCUGGCACAGCUGGACAGCAGUGGUGCUUACGGUGCCGGUGCAGCAGGACCAGCAGGCUCAUCCACUUCAUCCGCGGUCGUAUCGCAUCUACAGCAAUCCAUCAGUUUGGCGUCUACAAUGGGCGUUCCACUGGGUGCGGCAGGCGUUAGCGGAGGAAUGGGUGUUGUCGGUGGUGUUGUUGGUGGGGUUGGCGGAGUAGCCGGUAAUGUAGCUGGUGGUGCGGCAGGAUCUUCCAACUUGCGACGGAUGCGCAAGAAGGAACUGUUGCGACAGUACUGGAACCAGGACAUGAAUCAGGACGAUCCGCAGGCUGUGCUACAAUCUGCCGACCAUCAUCACCUUCACCAUCAUCAUCAUCACCAUGCGCAAGGCAUGUCUCUUGGUGGCGUUGGACAUGGUAAUCGUACGACGGUCGGUUUCCCCAAAGCGGUAGAAUCGCUCGGUACUAUGCCGACGAAAGACGACUACAAAGAGUACGGUGGUAUCCAUCGGAAGAAGCUUUCGUCGAACAUGUCGCGUGAGUUGCGCCAGCUGGCAUCGGUACCGCAGACGGCCGAUCAUCACGAGCUACUGAUGGCGGAACGACGUCGCAGUGUGGGAGGUUCGGUCGGGGUGGCUGGUGUAGUCGGAGCAUCGUCAGGUCCGGGAGCAAACGGUUCCGCUAUGAAUCUGUCGAUGGAGGAUGUUAGUGGUGGUGGCAUUGGUGUCGUUGGAGCUGGUGGUGUGGGUGGCGGUGGUGGCGCUGGUGGAAAGCGACGAUCGCGUAAUAAUCGAGCGAAUACCAAUUCCACGGCUACGGUCACUGCGGUCAGCCAGCAAACACCACAGCAAGCCCCGAAACUCAAGAUCAAGCUGGGCUCCGGAAUGGUGGAUGGUGGAGGUCCGUACGGCAUGGGGGGAUCACUGAAUGCUGGACCAAGCACUAGCAGUAGCAGUUUGCGACCUCCGAAGAAACGACUUGCCUGCAGUGUACCACCACCGAGCUUGGAGGACCUGAAGCGUGAGUACAUGAUGUACGCCGAAAACAUUAGCUUCGAGGAUGAUGGACCGGGUGGUGCAGCGGAUGACGAUACAGCGGGAGCCGCAGACAGUGGAGAUGAUGAACCGAAGGCGAAGAAGCACAAGCACAAGGACAAAGAUCGGGAUCGAAGUGGCAGCGAGCACAAGAAGCGCAAGAAGGAGAAAAAGCAUAAACGCGACAAGGGCGAAAAGAAAAAGGUGGAGAUCAUCUGUAAUGCGGCUGUAACGGGUGAUCAGGACCAGGCAUUGCAGCAACCGCCAAGGAUUGUGAUAAGGCUCGGUGUGAAGAAGCCGGUACAGUCGGACGAAUCACACGCGCCAUCGCCACAAUCUCAGACGACCACUGCCACUGCGGUUGGCGGCGGCUCACCUCAGAAAACACCCGUUAACGAGGAACGAACAGCGACCCGGAGCAGCGCAUGCAGCUCAUCGCCCGAAACCGAUCCACUUGUGAUCGAUCUGGCGGCGAUACACAACACCAACAGCCGGGGACAAUCGUUACAACCUUCGCCCGAGAUGGAUCAUCGUACGGUUGCAGCACAGGCGGCUCCGACCGAGAAACCGAUCAUCACGCCAAUUCGUCUCAAGCUGGCACGUAAUUCUGCUGGCGGUGGGUACGUGAUGUCGUCCAAGCAGAGUGCUGCCGGGGCACAAGGUGCGGAUUGUGAUGCCAGUGACAAAUCGGUAAGCAACACAUCUCCGGCAGCAAUGGACAAUGGUGCAGGUAAACAACCUUCGCGUGAUGCAACAUCAGCAGCCGGAGGAGGAUCGAUGGACCUUACAAUCUCCGCAGCGGAAGUAGCGGCCGCGACGUCUAGCAAGAACAUGAUUGAACGGUUGCUUAAUGCUGCCAAUCUGGUCGGUAGCUCGCCAACCGCGUUCGAAAGGGCCAUGGGUGCGGCAGCAGUAGCAGCGGCAGCAGCAACAGCUUCCUCGACGAAUGGCGCUGCUGGCACGACACUCCAGCAGCAGAGUAAUCCGAGCGGAAGCGCAUUUGCAACCAUGUACGGUAUGUCCUCGAUCGGGGGCAAUACGUCGCACACUACCAGCACCAGCAAUAGUAGUAGCAGCAGCACCACCAACACUUCGAUGUCGUUCAAGAGCCUGCUGGACUUUGCAGCGAGUACAAACACCACCUUCGGUACAUCGUCGGCCGCAGGUUUGUUCGGUUCGACCGCUACUACACAUCACCUUCAACAUCAGCAGCAACAGGUACCGUUGUCCUUGAAUCAAUCUGCAAUGCUACCAUUAGGCAUGGUACCACCACCUUCCCAGCAACAGUUGCCGCAUCAUCAGCAAUCGCUCGGCGGGUUGCCGAUGCAUCAGUCAUCGAUACCAACGUCCAAUAGUAGCAGCAACAGCAACACACAGCAAACAAACACAGCGACAGCCAACAGUGCCACGAAAAAGGACUGUGAGGUGCGAUGACAGUACAUGCUUUAGAAGGUAGCUUAAU